AUGUCGUCUCACCGUCAGUUCGAUCCCAACUUCACUCCCUAUGUGAUCAACUCCAUGGGCCCCAAGGCUCCCGAGCGCGCUCGUGUGAUUUUGGGCUCUCUGAUCAAGCACAUCCACGACUUCGCGCGCGAGGUCGAACUCACUCCCGCCGAGUGGAUGCUCGGCGUGGAGUUCAUCAACUCCAUCGGCAAGAUCAGCACGCCCGUGCGCAACGAGUGCCACCGCAUCUGCGAUGUGAUCGGUCUGGAAUCCCUCGUCGAUGAGAUCGCCAACAAGAUCGUCACCGAACAGGGGAUCUCGCCCACCUCCAACGUCAUCUUGGGCCCCUUCUGGUCGCCCAACGCUCCCUUCCGGGCGCUCGGCGACUCCAUCAUCCAGGACCCCAACCCCAACGGCCAGAUCACCUACAUGCACGGCAAGCUCACCGACAUGGAGACCGGCAAGCCCAUCGUCGGCGCCGUGCUGGACAUCUGGCAGGCCUCGGCCAACGGCCAGUACGACUUCCAGGACCCCAACCAGAGCGAGAACAACCUGCGCGGCAAGUUCCGGUCCAACGACCAGGGCGACUUCUACUGGUACUGCUACCACCCGACCCCGUACUCGCUGCCCACCGACGGCCCCGCCGGCGUGCUGCUGAACCUCAUGGACCGCUCGCCCAUGCGGCCCGCCCACAUCCACCUCAUGAUCACCCACCCGGACUACGCCACCGUUAUCAACCAGAUCUACCCCAGCGACGACCCGCAUCUCGCCAUCGACUCCGUCUUCGCCGUCAAGGACGAUCUCGUCGUCGACUUCAAGCCCAAGACCGAUGAUCCCAAGGCCCACCUCGACCUCGAGUACAAUGUCAAGAUGGCGCUGAAGAAGCACCACCCCAACCCGAACUCGGCUCCUCCCGUCUCGUCCUUUGAGCGCUACAACAAGGACCAGAAGAGCAACCUCUAA